AUGGCUGCUGCGCAACCUAGACCGUACAGGCGAAUUUUGACUUCGGCGCUGCACCGACGCUUUGUUCACGCCUCCGCGCUUGCGCUUCUAGUCUGCUAUGUCGUCGCAAUUGCGAUUGGGGACAAGUCGUCCUUACUUUGGUCAUGGUUUCCAAUCGGAACAUGUGGAAUUCGCACCCUCUUACUCUUUGUUUCGUCCCUCGCCGUCUUCGUCCUCCGCGUUGGUCAAAUGCACAUCGGCUCAAGGACAACUCAAUCCUCACUCGGCACAUUCCGAUACCUCUUUCCUCUGAAUAUUGCUCAAACCUUUGGCUGGUAUCUUUUUUCAGCUUGGUGGUUCACUGAGAUCUAUUUGUGGUCGUCAUCGGCAAGUGCACACCUGGAAUUGGUGAAUCGGGGCAGAUCCCACGAACGACCAACUUUGAAUGAGAGACCGAUCUAUCUCCAUACAUACCACAUCCUCCUGGCUUGUGUGCAAGCGGUGGUUCACCUCUAUUAUGACUACGACCGUAUCCCCGUGCCUGUCGCAAACCGAGUUCACAAGUCUGCCGACGAGCGCACACAUACAGUACCUGCGGUUUCUAAAUACCUUCAAGACACUCUGCCCGCAGCCCUUGUGAGCGGUCUCACAAGAAGCAUUAUUCUUGCUGGAGUCACUCCCGUGGUAUACAAAGUAUUCCUCAGGCGGGCUGCAUGGAGCUGGUCCUUGUACUUUGCGAAGCUCUUUUGGAACUUUUCAAGGUCUUCUGCCGAGCCUGAUACAUUUCUCCCUCCGGGCUUCAUCGGCUUGGUUAUCCAGUGUUUCUUCUCCGGAGCGUUACUGGUCCUUUGCUGGCAAACUGCCAACCUGUUCUUCUCUAUCUUCAUUGGCAAGGAGCCUCUCAAGCGAGGACAGCCACUCACAUCGGAGGCCAAGGACCCCAACGGCAGUUUGCUCACUGGCUUGAAGGCCAAGAAAGAGGUGGUAAAAGCUUUUGCAUUCUGGGAACUCAGUCUUAUCAGUCAGCGCUUGCCCGAGCGUCGAAAAGCCAUUUUCAACGAAAUUGAUCGUGACAAUGGUUCUACGUGGUCUCAGCUUGUUGAUUGCGUCACUGAUGUAAUUAAGGACAUCAAUACUCGCAUCGAAGAGAGCAAAAACCCUCCGCCAGGCGUGAAGGUGGCGCAGCCCGAAGCAUCCAAACCGGUCCUCCAGACCCUGCCGAAGUUGACCGAGCCUCCCAAGGACGACAAUGUCUUCGCGGCUGCCCCCAAGGCCACCUCACGCCAGGCUAAGUUCGGUGAGGCUUUCGGUUCGACAGCCAAAUCAUAUGGGCAGUCUGCGGACUGGACACCGACCGCGCGGGCUCGGGCUCGUGAUGUCUUUGAUCGGGCCUCGUCAGCCAUGUUGAGUCCUGAGCGCAAGCAGAAACUCCUUGCCUCGUCUCAGGAGCUGAAGUUGCUCACCGGGGGUCCCUCAACGACCCAUAAACCGGAGAACGUCCACCCGAUCAUCGCACAAAUCCUCCGUUCGCCGAUCGGCCAGCCUAUUCGGCAGACAUAUGCCCGGCGAGCGUCGGGCAUUGUUCUCGGCUCGCCCGAUGCAUCGCUCUGUCCAAUUGUUGACGCUGUCGAAUCGCUGACCCGACUCCUGAUUGCUAGUCUGACAGAGGAUCAGUACGGCAAAGUGCAAGCAGACGUGCCAGCCGUGGUGCAUCUUUUUACACAAACUAUCAUCGUUCUGGAGGCGUUUGUCCACAAAGGUGGCUUGGAUGCCCACUGGACCGAUGUUUACUUCCCACCUUCCAGUUACCCCGAAGCACAGGCCGAAGCACGUCAAGUUCCCGACGUUGAGCUGGUGCUGGGGUCAUUAAAGAGUGGUCUUGGGGACCUGCUGGCGGCUUUCAAGCCCUACUUGCGGGAUAUCGGCCUCGUCGGUAAGGAAUUGCGGUUGGCCAAGGAGGCCGCUGGUGUCGAGGAGGAAGAUUCAUCAUGA